CUCUAGGUGAUUUAGCGCCGCCAGUCUCAAGCAGGUGUCCAACAUGGCGAUCACGGGGAGCGGAUCUCUCGCUAUUACUCUCUCUGUUUUCGUGAUUUCAGCGGCGUUUCUCCUGAAAGGAGCUGCUGAAACCGUGACAGUUGAAGGUCAGAACCUGGCAACCGACAACGUGUCUGUGAUCGAGGGGGAAACGGCUACAAUCAGCUGCAGAGUGAAGAACAACGACGACUCCGUCAUCCAGCUGCUCAACCCCAACAGACAGACCAUUUACUUCAAAGAUGUGAGACCUCUGAAGGACAGCCGGUUCCAGCUGGUGAAUUUCUCUGACAACGAACUGCGGGUGUCUCUGUCCAAUGUGUCACUCUCCGAUGAGGGACGCUAUGUGUGCCAGCUCUACACAGAUCCUCCUCAGGAAGCCUACGCAGACAUCACUGUCCUGGUCCCGCCAGGCAACCCAAUCAUUGAGAGCCGCGAGGAUGUGGUCAGCGAGGGGAACGAGACGGAGCUCACCUGCACAGCCAUGGGCAGCAAGCCAGCUGCCUCCAUCAGAUGGAUGAAAGGGGAGGAAGAACUGACAGGUGAGACAACAGUCGAGGAGACGUAUGACAGGAUGUUUACUGUCACCAGCCGGGUAAGAUUUUCUGUCACCAAAGAGGAUGAUGGAGUGCCAGUGGACUGCAUCAUUGACCACCCAGCUGUAAAGGACCUCCUGGCUCAAAGACACUUGGAAGUGCUAUAUAAACCAGAAGUGAAGAUUGUGGUGACGUAUCCUGACGGUUUAACCAGAGAGGGUGACAAUCUAGAUUUGACGUGUAUUGCAGAAGGAAAACCACAUCCCCAUCAGAUCAACUGGCUGAGAGUAGAUGAGGAUGUGCCGCCUCAUGCUGUGGUCACUGGCUCUGAUCUGUACAUUGAGAACCUCAACAAGUCUUACAACGGCACCUAUCGCUGCGUGGCGUCCAACGCUGUGGGAGAGGCCUACGACGACUACAUCCUCUAUGUAUAUGAUGCUCCCACUACUAUCCCCACACCCACCACCAACCCAGUCAACACGCAAGACUCCAGAGCCGGCGAGGGGGCACCGCAGAAAAUUGACCAUGCUGUCAUCGGAGGAGUGGUUGCCGUGGUGAUGUUUGCCAUCCUCUGUGCACUCAUUGUUCUUGGUCGAUACUUUGCCAGACACAAAGGAACUUACUUCACACAUGAAGCCAAAGGGGCGGACGACGCAGCCGAUGCAGACACGGCCAUCAUCAAUGCGGAGGGCGGACACAACAACACAGACGAGAAGAAGGAGUACUAUAUCUAAACCGGACAGGCCAGGAGAGACGGGUGGGGAUGCUGGUGGUGGUGGUGCUGUAGGAGCAUUAUGUCUAACUCUGAUUGGUUACGAGAAGGCUGGGGGGCGGGGCAGGCGAGAUUUAAAGAGGAAGAGAAGAAAGUGGAAAGUAGGACUGGCAUGGCCAAAUGGUAAGAAGAGGCGUUGCUAAGUCUCCUAUCCGACCCUUCCUGGAAUGCCGGGGCCUAUUCUGUACAGUUCAAUUAUUUUACAGACAAUUUUGUGCCUUGUUCUAUUUCUUUUUAUUUUAUUUUGUUUUUCUCCCCCCUUCACAUGCUUGUUGGAUUGGAUUUCUUUUUCGAUGUACUCCACCUGAUCCUUUGUUGCUUUUGGCUUUCGGAGAUUAAAUGGGCCUGGUGUUUGUCUAUGUGUGCUGCAGCUAGCUUUUAGCUCAUGUACCCAGAUCUGAGGAGCCAGCUCAUACAUUUUUUUUCCAGUUCAGUAACUGGAACACAGAGUCAACACAUUUCUCCCUGCUGGGUCAAAGUCCAACAGUCCCUGCAAAUUCAUCGCAGAUUGGUUUCAACAUAUUUCAGCGCAGAUUUCACUCACCCUCCUUCAAGGUCAGGUUCACUGUGUUGAUUACUAAUGUAACAGUUGUGAGUAUUCACACUCAUUAUAGAAUGUAUUCGUUUCUGAGAGUGAAGUAGGAGUGCUGUUAAGUAUCAUUUCACACCAAACCGCGAAGUAAAACUGGUCCCUCGCUGGUUUCAAGAGAACAUCUGAUGAGUAGUAGAUGUGAGGUCAGUUUAGUAUUUGUUUAGGAUAUUGUGGAGUCCAGUAAGACAUCCUGACAGCUGUAAUGUGCCAUGAUAUAGAGUAAAAGUUUCUAUAGAGAAUAUCAGAAGCACUUCUUCUUUUUUUAAACUCUAUCGUUUCUUUCUGCUGAUUGAAAGGACAGCAGAAAAAACAGCAAAACAGCAUUUUCUGUCAUCUGGAUUCUUUUGUUUGUUUGUUUUUUUGCAGAACGACUUGUUCUGGAAAAAAAAUCUAAAGGAAUAGUUUCACAUUUUACCUUUCUCGGCCAGAGUGAGUGAGGAAAAAAAAAUCGAUACCACUAUUAACGUUCUCAUUUAACUGUUGGUAAGAAAUUAAAUAUGUUUAUUUUCAAAAACGCUGACCUUUUCUUUAAAAAUACUGCCUCUUUCCAGAGUGAUUUUAGUUUAUCAGAAUUAUUUGUCUUUUCAUCAUUCUGAUGGAUGGACCGAAAACAUGGCAGAAAAUGUCUAAUACAGUCGUGGUCUAAAAUACUGGCAUCACUGCAUUAAAAAAAACUAAAAAUGAUAAUUGUAAAACAGGUUGAAAAUGACAAAAGUACUCCACAAUUCUUGAUUUCAUUGUUAACAGUGCAACUUGUGUCGUGUCCUUUCAACUCACAAUUAAUCAGAAAUGGCCCUGACAAAAUUGACAGCCAGAUUUAAGACUUCAGUGAGAUGAGUAAGAACUUUUAACGGCAGUUUGGCCCACUCAAAUGUGGUGGGCACCUUCUUUCUUCUGUUUCAGAUUUCUUCACAGGUGCUGAAUUGGGUUUAAAUCUUAACUCUGGCCAGUGCUGGCUAGUUUAAAACAGGCCAGUGUUUUCUUUUGAACCAUCCUGGGUGCUUUUGAAUGUUUCCUCUUGGAAAAAAACAUGACCUUCGAUAGAGAAGCAGCCUUGUGACAAUGGGUGAACCAUUGUGCUCUAAAAUACCUUGAAAAUCUGAUUUCAUGAUGCCACGCAAAGAUUCAUUGGGGUUGCCAUGGAAACACACACAAGGUACAGUGGCUCACAAUGACCACACAGGACAAUCAUUGAGCCAAGUGGUCUACAGAAGUCAAAAGUGUUAUGUCUAAAUGCAGAGGAGAAUGCAAUGUAGCUGCAUUAAAACUGACAUAAGCAUUAGAGGACUGCAUUGGGAAUUAAAUGGGAUCCUUCGGGGAGCCAAAACAAACCUCAGGGGAAUAUGCAGUUUAAAGUUUGCUGCAGGCUUUGUGAAACACACAUAUUGCAGGAGUACAGGAGUUAUUUCUGUAAACAUAGAGGUUAUGUGAUUUACCACAAAGCUCUAAUUUGGUCUCAUUAGUCCACAGAACAUUUUCCCCAAAGGAUUUUGGCUUGCUAGAUUUGUUUUGGCAAACUCCAUCCAGACUUUUCUUGGGUUUCUCUUUCCACAAUGGGAUCCUCCUACCAGGGAACGAGUUGGCGACAGAUGGUGCCACUUGAAAUGGUUGUACCUUGCGUCUGAAGGUCAUCCUGAAUAGUUUUUGAAGUUGUCCGAGAGCCUUUUUCCACAACUCAAAGAUGCUUCGCUGCAAUCUUUUGACAGCUCCUUUGCGUUCCCUUCCAGAGAUGUUUGCUACAGUACCAUGGGUCUUAAACGCCUUGGUAACUUUGUGUACAGAGAACACAGGAACAUCAGGGUCUCUGGAGAUGGACUUGUAGCCUUGAGAUUGUCCAUGCUUGGCUUUGAUCUUCCUUGACGUCCUUUUCCCCCUCCUUUUCUCAGUGCGGUACACACAGAGACACAAAACAGCGGAGUGAGUAAUUUGCUCCAUUAUAACUGGUUAAAUGAAGGAUUGUGACAUAUCUGGUACACAGGGGGGUUCAAUGGAAAUGACGCGCUUAAAAUCCAAUUAUUUCUUGCAACUUCUAAAAAGGUUCCAAAAAAUUGUCCAGGUCAUUUGUGUGGAAUAAGAAAGGAUUUAGUAUUUUUUCAUCGUUUUUAGUUUUGUUCCACUGCAAACCAAAACAAAACAAUAAACAAAAGAUGUUUUGUUUCCCCAAAUUUCUGAAAGUAGUUUAAGAAAAAAGGGUGCCAAUAUUUUCAACUACAACUGUACGAGCAAAGCCAAAAUACUAUCUGUUGGUAGAUAUUACAUUGGUUUUAUAGCCACCACUGUUCCUGCUGCAUUGAUGAUAAAAUCUAAUUAAAAUUAUGAUAUGUGGGAUAUUGGUACAGCCUGCUGUGUGUGCUUUUGGUUUAAACAUAAAAUUCUUCAUAUUUUCAUGCCUCCCACACAGUCAACCCUGGACCAAAUGUAAGAAUAUAGCGAGUAUGCUUAUAUACAGUGAAUAUUACUUGUAUACAGCAAAGGCUUGAGUGCUCCUCUCUAAAUAACAGAUUUUAUUGAUUGGAUAAUACAGUACAUUGACCAUUUAACUGGAAAUGUUUCCAAAGCAUUGGUUCAUUUUAUUUUUCAAGGUUUUAUAUUUGUAUUUGAUUGUACUGUAUUAAAGUGGAGAAAGAUUGUUACACUUUCAAUAGCAAAGUUUCCUUUCAGUCAUGUAUAAGUCAUCAAGGUACGUCUGUGUGAAUACCUGUUGCAAGUGGAAAAAAAAAAAAACGGAAAAAAAAACCUUGACUGCUUAUUUCCUGGCUAAGAAAUCCUUGCUACACAUACUUUUUUUGCCCUUGCCCAUACUCGAGUAUAAAAGACAUUCAAUCACUGCAAACAUGAAUCAGUUAUAUUUCCCUGCUGCCUGUAAAGACAUUUUACCUUUGGGCUGUCUUUGAUAACUUGUAAGGGCUCUUGGCCUUACAAGUUAUCAAAGAUUUGCGUAGCUUUAGACUUGGUUUGGGGAAAGAUCAUUUUCUUACUGUCAUCCUGCAGCCUCAAACCUUCACACAGGAGCCGUCUACUGUUACAAAUUAAUUUUUUUUUCCCCCAACCAACACAAAUCAGAAGAUCCUGCGCUCACAGACAGAGACGCAGUGUGCAUACCGUGCAUGCCUCAUGCCUCUGAGUCUGUCACAGCUAGAAGAGUAAAAACCUGUUUGGUAAUUAGUGAGUGAUAUCAUUGUAUUGCCUGAAUAAGACAAAAAAAUCUGUAAAUGUAUUAUGAAAGAGGAUAACCACUGCCUUAAAUCCACCUCUUGAUACUUAUCAUUAUAUAGGAAAAGACUGAAGGACUUAAUUUUGUGCCUUCUUUGAUUUUUAGGCAUAUGGUUAGUAUCGUACAGUAUCCUCAUGUACACUCUUACAGUAUAUAUAUGUUGUAUAUUUCUGUCCUUUCUAACUUACAGGGCCAAUACUCAUCUAGGUUGUCUGUUCUCAUGCACCACUGCAUCAGCAUUACGACCUGGAGCAUAAAAAAAAAGAUGGAAUGAGUGAAGGAAAAAAAAAGUAUUUCUAUAUUUAUCAGGGUGGUGUGGCAGCUUCCACUGACUAGAAUGUCAUAUGCCAGGAUGUAGUAUUUAUUGUCUUAAUUAGUGAUCGCAAAAAAAUUUCAAUUUGGUCAUAAUUAUUUUCUCUGCUUCACUUCAUGUGUUAUUUAUUUGGAUAUCUUCAAGGACAAGGCUUGCUAGUAAUAUCAGAGAGGAAUUCAGUGCUUAAAGCUAUAAUAAGCUACAACAAAUUUCUGGAUUUUAGAGUUUCGGUGUCAUGAAAACAGCUAUGUGCAUGACAUACUUUAUUUUGAGGUUUGAUAUUUAUCUUAAAUGGUUAUAAGUGGCUGCUGCUUUUGAUCGAGGAACGUAAAAAGAUUGUCGGAAGCGUCAUUCUAAUCCGAUUUUUUGAUUUGUUUUAAAUAUUUGAUAUUUAGUAUGUUUGUUUUCACUCUCUCAGGUUCAUGAGUGUUAAUAGUUGUGUUUUUUGCAUCUCAGGUAGAAUGCAAAUUAAAGGCCCCAAGUAUAUACUGUAGUACCACAGCUAUUCAAACAGUGAAAAAUCACAAGAUGUACAUGUUUUUUCUCAUUUGUACAUGUUUAUGUGUUCUUAAUAUGGUGCACUGUUACAGUAAACGUUAAAUAUUAUUUUGCAUAGACCUAGUUCACAAAGAAAGAAAACUAGAUUUGUUAAACAGACGAAAAUUAUGUACAGUCAGUGUCAACAAAAUCACAAUGAUGUUCAUGAAACUUCUUCUUCUUCUUCUUCUUCCACCGUAACACUUUGCUCAUACAGUAUUGGUUAUUUAGUAAUUAUAGAAUGUGAACAACAGACAGUCAAUCACGCAUCUGUUUGGAUUCAGUCAAUUCAUGCAUACAUUUUCAUAGAUGAAAAGA